UUCGACACUGUCACCGCAAAGCAGUGGAGAAACGUGUCAGGAUAAUAAAAUAAUAGUCUUGUAUGAAACACCAAUAAAUACUAAAUAAUUUAUAUUAUUUAGUGAUGGCUGCUGUUGAAAGGAAAGGUACUUUCAAAGUAGAGUACCUACAGAAAAUUGAACAAGAAGUUCAAGAGAAAUGGGAAAAGGAUAAAAUUUAUGAAGAAGAGUCACCCAAAGAGGCCAGGAAAUCUCCAGAUGAGAAAUUCAUGUGCACUUUUCCAUUUCCUUAUAUGAAUGGACGCCUACAUCUUGGCCAUACAUUUUCUUUAUCAAAGUGUGAAUUUGCAGUUAGGUACCAUCGUUUGAAGGGAAAAAAAGUUUUAUUCCCAUUUGGUUUCCAUUGUACUGGAAUGCCAAUUAAAGCUUGUGCAGACAAGUUGAAAAGGGAAAUUGAACUUUAUGGGAAUCCACCUAAUUUCCCUGAGCAUGAGGAAACUGUUGUAGUUGAAGAGAAGGAUGUCAUCCCAAAAGAUAAAAGCAAAGGAAAAAAAAGUAAAGCUGUAGCUAAAGCAGGAACAGCCAAAUAUCAGUGGCAAAUUAUGCAAAGUUUAGGAAUGAAUGAUGAAGAAAUUGUUAAAUUUGCAGAUGAAAGCUACUGGCUGGAUUAUUUUCCACCACUUGCAAUUCAAGAUUUAUCGAGCUUUGGAAUUCACGUUGAUUGGAGGAGAACUUUCAUUACAACUGAUGCAAAUCCUUUCUUUGAUUCUUUUGUUCGCUGGCAGUUUUUGAAAUUGAAGGAAAGGAACAAGAUCCAGUAUGGUAAAAGGUAUACCAUUUAUUCACCCAAAGAUGGGCAACCUUGUAUGGAUCAUGACAGAUCUUCUGGAGAAGGUGUAGGACCACAAGAAUAUACUUUGAUAAAAAUGAAAGUUUUACAACCAUAUCCACAAAAGCUGAGCUGUUAUAAAAAACCAAUUUAUAUGGUAGCUGCGACUUUGAGGCCUGAAACUAUGUAUGGUCAAACGAAUUGCUGGGUCAGACCUGACAUGAAAUAUAUAGCUUUUGAAACCAAAUCCGGUGAAAUUUUUAUAUGCACGGCUCGCUCAGCAAGGAAUAUGUGUUAUCAAGGAUUUACGGAAACCGAAGGAUCAUACAAGGUUCUCCAAGAACUGUUGGGACAAGAUUUAUUAGGAUGUGCUUUGAAAGCACCAAUGACAUCGUAUGAGAAGAUUUACGCACUUCCGAUGCUUACAAUUAAGGAAGAUAAGGGUACCGGGGUCGUAACAAGUGUACCAUCUGAUUCACCUGAUGACUAUGCUGCUUUGGUUGAUCUAAAGAAGAAACAGCCUUUCAGGGAAAAGUAUGGAAUAUCUGACGAAAUGGUUCUGCCGUAUGAUCCAAUCCCAAUUAUUGAUGUACCAGAAUUAGGUAACUUGUCUGCAGUCACUAUGUAUGAUAAGUUAAAGAUUCAGAGUCAAAAUGAUAAAGAAAAGCUGCUGGAAGCUAAAGAAAUUGUUUAUUUGAAGGGUUUCUAUGAUGGUGUAUUGAUUGUCGGUGAACAUAAGGGUAAUAAGAUUCAGGAUAUUAAAAAAUGCUUACAAAAGUCUUUGGUAGAUAAGAAUGAGGCAGUUAUUUAUUACGAGCCUGAAAAAACUAUUAUCUCGAGAUCAACAGAUGAAUGUGUAGUAUCACUUUGUGACCAAUGGUACCUUGAUUACGGUGAAGAAAAAUGGAAAGCACAAGCCGAAAAAUCUUUGGAAAAUAUGAAUUGUUACCAUGAUGAAGUCAAAAAGAAUUUUGCUGGUUGUUUAAAUUGGUUGCAUGAGCAUGCCUGCUCUAGAACUUAUGGUUUAGGAACUAAACUGCCAUGGGACGAACAAUGGCUUAUAGAAUCAUUAUCUGAUUCUACUAUCUACAUGGCUUAUUACACAAUAGCUCAUUUGAUUCAGGGAAAUACUUUCAAAGGAGAAAAGCCAAAUUUGUUAGGCAUCAAGGCAGAACAACUUACGCCAGAAGUCUGGGAUUACAUUUUCUAUAAGAAUGCGAAAUUCCCGUCAAAAUCAGCAAUCAAAAAAGAGAGUUUGGAUUUGAUGAAGAGGGAAUUUGAGUACUGGUAUCCAGUUGAUCUUCGUGUGUCUGGCAAGGAUUUAGUUCAAAACCAUUUGACAUACUUCAUUUAUAACCAUUGCGCUAUGUGGCCCGAAGACGAAUCCAAGUGGCCGCAAAGCAUACGUGCGAAUGGUCAUUUGAUGCUUAACUCUGCUAAGAUGUCCAAGUCGGAAGGUAAUUUCUUGACACUUAACGAAGCUAUCAAGAAAUUUAGUGCUGAUGGCAUGAGACUUUGCUUAGCCGAUGCUGGUGAUUCUGUCGAAGAUGCAAAUUUCGUAGAAUCUAUGGCCGACGCCGGUAUAUUGCGAUUGUAUACCUUUAUUGAAUGGGUUAAAGAAAUAUUAGCAAACAAAGCAAGUUUAAGAACUGGCGAACCUAAUACUUUCAAUGAUCAAGUGUUUCAAAGUGAAAUUUACUUGAAAAUUAAUGAAACCGAUGAUAAUUACAACAAAAUGUUGUUCAAAGAAGCUCUAAGAACUGGAUUCUUUGAACUUCAAGCUGUGAGAGAUAAAUAUUUGAAUCUUUCUGCAAUGGACGGAAUCCAUAAAGAUUUAAUUCUACAAUUUAUUGAAGUUCAAGCUUUAGUUUUGUGUCCAAUCUGUCCACAUGUAUCAGAAUACGUUUGGAAAUUGUUAGGAAAGGAGGGUAGUGUAGUAAAAGCUAAAUGGCCUGAAGUGGGUAAAAUUGAUGAAAUUAAGAUCAAAUCAUCUGAAUAUCUAAUGGAAGUCGCUCAUUCUUUCCGUAUUCACUUGAAAACGCAUAUGCAAGGACCAAAAGCAUCGAAAACCAAUCCAAAGCCAGCGUCUGUUGAAAAACCGAAUGUCGUUGAGAUUUGGGUAGCGAAAACUUUCCCAACGUGGCAGGCUUGUAUUUUACAAACGCUUAAAUCGAUGCACGAUGAAUCUGGAAAGUUACCAGAAAACAAAAUUUUAUCGGCGGAACUCGCAAAGAAAGAAGUUCUGAAAAAAUAUAUGAAGCGUGUCAUGCCGUUCGUACAAGCCACUCGUGAAAAACUAGAACAAUUAGGUUCUAAAGCCUUGGCUCUAACUCUUGAAUUCAACGAAGCUGAAGUUUUGAAGAACAAUAGUAUUUACUUGGCCAAUACUUUAGACGUGGAUGAAGUUAUUGUUCGUUAUACAGAUGAAGAAGGCGCUUCCGAGAAAAUGAAGGAAUGUUGUCCAGGUCAACCUUUUGUUAUUUUCAGUGCUAAGCCGGGUGUUUCUUUGAAAUUCAUAAAUCCCAUUGCUCACAAUGGUUUGUUUUCGCAUACUCUUAAGAUUAGCGACGGCGAAACGUUCGAGAAAAUUGCAACCAGAUUAUCUAAGGAAAUUAAGGCUAUUAAAGAUUGGAAGAGCAUAGAACUGUGGCGUUUCGAGGAUCCUAUUUUGGGUGAAGUGAAAAUGCCUCCAUUCAAUAAUCCAACUAAAGAUAAGGUGCUGAUUGGAAACAACAGUGUAUUCAAUGUAUCAGUUGAUUCCAAUUCUAUUAAAUUGGUGGAAAAUAAGAAAGAGUUUAAUGUGGGAACAUCUUUGACCUAUCUGAUCAAAUAAUAAAAUAUAAUAUUUAUUUAUUAUGUGAACAUUAAAAAGAGUUGAUUUUAAA